AAUCAGAAGGUUUGAUGUUUGAUCGUUGACACUCGAAACCUCGAAACUCAAGCUGCAAACAUGGAAAAGAAGCUUGCAACCACCACAAAUGCAACGUCGCAACGUCUACUCCACCACACCACACACGCUGUAGUCUACUCCGUACCUGAUCACUGUUAACCAUCAUAAAACAAAAGAGCGGAUGCCUUUGGCUUUGUUUACAGGCUACCAUACUUCUAAAGUAUACAGUACGACUGUACUGUCGUAUCGGACUUCUUGCAUCACCUGUCAGCAGUCAGUGGCUGGCGGAACGGACCCAGCAAGAUAGUCUAGUCUAUCUAUCUAUUGGAAGUCUGUAUUCUCCCACACAGCCAUCCGACUCAAAAAGCGUUCUUUGCACAAAAAAGCCCUGGCUAAUAGGCUCUGCAAAAACACAGAGCGUUUCUUGUGAAUGAUGAUGCAAAUAUCUAAAGCAAGUCCAACAAAUUGAACAACAUCCACACCCAUGUAUUGCAAGGAAAGGCCAUGCUCUUUGUACCGUAAGAGUAGACUAGACUAGCUAGUCUAGUAGAUGUAUUCCAUUCCAGUUUCCAGUGCAACCACACUGUCAACUGCGAGAUUGUCCUCCAGCACCCACCCAAGCAACAGUGUGGCAUAGAUAAGAUCCAUGGUGAGCCAGAUGAUCAUCUUAUUUCUAUCUCUAAUGAUGUAAUUCGCAAAAUCUAUUUAUCUCUGUCUCUAAUGGGUGUCGCGCACCUCGCGCAUUGAUUGACACCUCGAUCCCUGCCUCCACCACCCAACCAACAAAAUCUUCUUUGCUUCAUUAUUUUUUCUCACUCCAUUUAUUUUUGAACUCCAUCCACUGCCACAACACAAAAAUCCACAUGAUGGGCAAGAACAAGAAGAAAGACAAGCAAGUCAAAAGCAAGCGCCCCAAGGCGGAAACAGAGGAGACAGAAGAAGAAGAUGUUCCAAGCCAAGAGGAGGCAAUGAAGAACGAGGAACCAGAAGAGGAGGAACAAGCUGAUGAAGGUGCCGUUAGCAGUGAAGAAGAAGAAGAAGAAGAAGAACCGGAAUCUCCUCCUGUCGUUCCCAGUUUUAUAAGUGACGGUAAAUACCGCAACAAACAACGCUGUCUAAUCUCAUGUUCUCGUGGCAUUACGGCCCGAUUCCGCCAUUUACUGGAAGAUUUGCGCACGUGCAUUCCGCAUCACAAGAAGGAAGCCAAAUUGGAUCCGGGCCCCGAUGGCAUUGGUCGUGCCAUGACGGACAUUGCCGCCAUGCGCGAAUGCAACAGCGUCUUGUUUUUGGAAUGUCGCAAACGACAAGACGCCUAUUUGUGGAUGGGAAAAACGGGUACCGGUCCGUCGGUCAAAUUUCACGUGUCCAAUAUUCACACCAUGGACGAAUUGAAAUUGACGGGAAAUUGUAUGCGGGGCAGUCGACCUGUUCUGUCAUUUGAUGAGUCGUUUACGCGAUUGGGACAUUUAAAGUUGUUGCGAGAAUUGUUUGUCGAUAUUUUUGGAACUCCAAGAGGUCAUCCCAAAGCCAAACCGUUUGUCGAUCGGGUCAUGGCAUUUUAUUAUGCCGAUAAAAAGAUUUGGGUACGAAACUACCAAAUCACGGAACCCGAUCCACAACAACUCAAGCAAGACGACAAGGGAUCCCUCGUCGAAAUUGGGCCACGCUUUGUCCUCAACCCCGUCUGUAUCUUUCAUGGAUCCUUUGGAGGACAAUCGCUCUUUCGAAAUUCUGCAUUUGUCUCGCCCAAUAAUAGCCGUGCGGAAAUGAGAAAACUCAAGGGACAAUCCUACGUGGCACGCAAAGAGGCACAAAAGAAGCACAAACAGCGGCAGGAGGAAAUGGUGUUGCCAGAAGAUCCGUUGGAUUCUGUGUUUCGAUGAAUAGAUUCAGGGACGAUCGAUACAGAUCCUAGUAAACCAACUAAAUCCUACUGUUGUAUACUAGUACGCUGUAUUUAAAUAUUGAUUUCUAAAAGUUCGCCUAACUCUACGGUUGCACCCUUCGGAAGCAUCAACUUUGCCAGCUAAAAAAGCAGUCCUCCAAGUAUGCCGCCGACCACAGCAGCACCGAGCAUUUUCCCCGUGUCGCCGCCAAAAAAGGAGAAACCCUUCUUCUCAUUGUAGCCCUCAUCAAUCUCCAUUUGACUGAAUUCGCCAUUCGCCUUGAAGAUAUACGGCAAGUCCAGAAUGGUACCGGAAUGACAGCAAUCCAUUACCGACACCACAUGCACGCCACGAGGCAAGCCUCCC